AUGGCCGAGGGUGUGCCGGCCUCCCCGUCGGGCGGAGGGGGCAACCGGGGCCUGCACAGCGGCAUCAUCCAGUGGUUGGUUGAUAAUUUCUGCAUUUGCGAAGGGUACAGCGUGCCUCGCUGUCUCAUGUAUGAGAUUUAUGUGGAAACCUGUGGGCAGAAUGCUCAGAACCAAGUCAAUCCAGCAACAUUUGGGAAGCUGGUGCGCUUGGUUUUCCCUGAUCUUGGCACCCGGAGGCUGGGCACCAGAGGAAGUGCCAGGUAUCAUUAUGAUGGAAUCUGUAUCAAGAAAAGUUCUUUCUUCUAUGCCCAGUAUUGCUACCUUCUAGGCGAAAAAAGGCACCACAGUGGAGAUCUUGUUGCCUUUGAAAAAUCUACUAAUUAUAGCAGCAUUAUCCAACAAGAAGGAACAUGUGAGGAUCAUUCACCAGUAAAGACAGACCCAGUUGGAUCCCCCUUGUCUGAAUUCAGGAGAUGUCCAUUUUGGGAGCAAGAGCUGGCAAAGAAGUAUUCCUGCAAAAUGAUGACCUUUCUUGCGGAUGAAUACUGCAACUAUUGUCAAGACAUUUUACAAAACGUGAGGAAUCAAGAACUUGAGAGGGUGGGGGACUUGCUUACUUCCUUCUGGAAGUCUCUGCAGCAAGACACGGUUAUGCUGAUGUCACUACCUGAUGUGUGCCAGCUCUUUAAAUGCUAUGACAUACAGCUGUACAAGGGAAUUGAGGACAUUCUCCUUCAUGACUUCCUGGAAGAUGUUUCUAUUCAGUACCUGAAAUCCGUGCGGUUAUUUAGUAAGAAGUUUAAGCUGUGGCUUCUUAAUGCUUUGGAAGGUUUUCCAGCCCUCUUACAGAUCUCCAAACUCAAAGAAGUUACUGUGUUUGUCAAAAGACUGAGAAGAAAGACAUACCUUUCCAACAUGGCAAAGACUAUGAGAAUGGUAUUGAAAAAUAACAGGAGAGUCAGCAUUUUGAAGUCGGAUCUGCACACCAUUCUCCAUCAGGUCACCUUGGAUAUUUCCAAGAAAGCUCUGGCGGGUGACCCAAGCAACAAAGAUGAUGAACUGGAGAAAAAUUCGGAGAUGAAAUGCUUAAGCAGUUUGAUUUCUUUGCUGGGAACAUCAACAGAUCUCAGUGUAUUCCUGAACUGUCUGUCUUCAAAUCUCCAGGCGUUUGUCUUCCAGCCGAGCAGAAGCAAAGAGGAGUUUAUCAAAUUGGCCGCCAGCUUCCAGCUAAGAUGGAAUUUCCUUCUCACUGCCGUGAGCAAAGCCAUGACCCUCUGCCACAGAGAUAGUUUUGGUUCUUGGCAUCUAUUUCAUUUGCUGCUCUUGGAAUAUGUGAUUCAUAUACUUCAGUCAUGCAUAGAGGAGGAAGAGGAGGAGGAAGAUGUGGGGAGCGUCAAGGAAAUGCUAACAGAUGACCAGUCCCUUCUCAUCCAGGUAUUGUUGGAAGACAAGGCCACCAAAAGCGCCGUUAAGCUCAGCCUUCCUGUAGGACAAGAGGCCCUCGUAACCCUAAAAGAUGGACAAAAAUUUGUGAUUCACAUAUCAGAUGUACCCCAAACCUCUGAAAAUGUUUAUUUCAGAGAAAGCAAUGCUAAUAUGUAA